AUGUCUCAGGAUGAAUGUUAUAAGAUGUGGUCUUCUGAGAGACUCGCGUUCUUCUUGCUUGUAAGAGGAUGCACAUUUCCUAAUGGAUUAUCUAGAGAAGAGUUAGAAGAUUUGGUGAAAGAAAAGGCUAAUGUUCCAAUUCUUAAAGUGCCAAUAAAUGAAACAACAAUUAGACAAUUAAUUCCGGAUCAUUUGAUUUCCUGGUUGUUUGCGAGAGAUUAUAUUGUAACUCCAAAGGCCAAACCGAUGCUUAUGGUACCGGAAGACAAUGCUAUACCUAAUUAUAAAGAGUUCUUAAGAGUUGCCAACAACGAUUAUAAAGAUAAAAUACUACUUAUGGAUGAAGCUAGUGUUUUAGAAGCAGAGUUACAAUUAGCUAAGAUUUUACAGACUAAAUAUGCAUUUUUGACUCAACCGACUGAAGAUUGGAAUUUCAUGGAGCAUCGCUACCGUAAUGCAGACUUAGAUAUCAUUCUAGAAUUAUUCGGAUUCUAUGAUAAAUAUCCCAUGAUGAAAAAUAAGGGAUUGCAAAGUAAACAAGUCUUGGCCAAGACAAGUGUAGACUUUUUUGCUACUGGAAGUUUAUAG